CCAAACGAUGCAUCUACAACUUUCUCCUUCUCAUUCACCCAUUCCAUGCCCAUGUAUAUAUAUAGUCUAUAGAUUAUAGAUAUACAUUCCCUUUCCACUAAGCAAUCCCAAACUCCAAAAUUCUGCAACCCUCUGAAAAAGUAAAACCAUGUCUUACCGGAAAGAUGACGUGGAAGUCGGCGGCGGCAGGCUGUACCCGACGAUGCUGGAGACCCCCGAGCUGCGGUGGGCCUUCAUUCGUAAGAUUUACGUCAUAAUCGGCAUCCAAUUGCUCCUCACCGCCGCCGUCGCUGCCGUCGUCAUCACCCUUCACCCAAUCUCGCAUUUCUUCGCAACCACCCGCGCUGGUUUGGUGCUUUACAUUCUCCUCAUCUUCAUCCCUUUUCUAGUGCUGUGGCCCUUGUUUUACUAUUACCAGAAGCACCCUCUCAAUUACUUCCUUCUCGCCAUUUUCUCGCUCUCGCUAGCCUUUCUAGUCGGCUUGGCUUGCUCUUACACCAAUGGGAAAGUGAUUCUUGAAUCUGCCAUCUUAACGGCUGCGAUGGUAGUGAGCCUCACCUUGUACACAUUCUGGGCUGCAAAGCGAGGCCGUGAUUUCAAUUUCCUUGGUCCUUUCCUCUUUGGCGCCCUUAUUGUGGUCAUCCUGUUUGGCAUCAUUCAGAUUCUGUUCCCUCUUGGUAAGCUUGGUGUGAUGAUCUACGGGGGUUUGGCAUCCAUAAUCUUCUGUGGUUACAUUGUGUAUGACACUGAUAAUCUGAUCAAGCGCUACAACUAUGACGAGUAUAUCUGGGCUGCGGUUUCUCUCUAUUUGGAUAUCAUCAACCUCUUCCUAUCCCUGUUGUCAUUCUUCAGAGCUGCUGAGAGUUAAAAUGUAUAGUUGAAGUUGUUUAUCUUGAUAAGUGUAGAAAGUUUGCCUUGGAAAUGUAGAUGAAAUGAGGGUUUAAAUCUUGAUAUGUGUAUAUGAUUGAAGUUCAAUUCCUGACAAAUAUUAGAGCUCCUUCCUUAUUCUUUCA